AUGCCCACGCCGAUUACGCCGAUGAUGGCCGAGCAUCAUGUUCGAGAUGUUCCGAUAGGCGGCUCGCCGAUGGUCUCUCCGCAACCCGGCGGUCAGAAUUCGAAGCGCAGACGAGUCACUCGUGCUUGCGAUGAGUGUCGGAAGAAGAAGAUCAAGUGUGAUGGUAAAAAGCCGUGUACGCAUUGUAGCGUGUAUAGCUAUGAGUGUACUUUUGAUCAACCAUCGCAACGUCGACGGAAUCCGGCUCCCCAAUAUAUCGAGUCGCUUGAGACCAGACUGCAACGGAUGGAGGGGCUAUUGAGAACGUUAUUGCCCGAUGUCGAUGUGAACAACCCAGAACUCGUGGAUUUGAAAGCCGCGAUGCUCGCGCAACGCCAGAAGCAGCAAAACCAGAUGCCACCACCACCACCGCCGAACUACGGCGACCACCACCACUCAAGCGAAAGUUCCCACUCACAUAGCAACUCCCAUCCAGAAGUAGCACUGUCACCAUCAUCCACGGACAGCAACGACAACGUCAUGGAGUCUAUGAUCAACAAUGUCGGCAGACUUACUCUCGACGAAUCAGGUCACUUCGAUUUCAGGGGAGGCUCAUCCGGCGCUCUCUUCGUCAAUCGCGUACGAGAAUCGGUAUUUAAGGCGCUUGGAUGUCAACAACCAGCGGAUCCUGGAGUAGAAAUGGCGGCAAUCAACCUAUCAGGUGCUUUUCCGGUCGCGGACAACGAGGAAGAAGGAGAGGGGUUCGCGCCGCCUGCGAAGGAGGUCGCGAAGCAGUUGUGUGAGUUGGUCUUUAAUCAUGGAUGGACCGCUGCGAUUCUGCAUCGACCGACAUUUUGGAAGGAGUUUGAGAGGGUGUAUAAGGAGAUGGAGGAACAGGGCGAGGAGGUUAAGGACAGGAGUUCGGAUGGGUUCAUGGGUGUGCUGUAUAUGAUGAUGGCGAUUGGUGGAUUGCUCGGGAAUAAGAACCAGGAGAAGUGGGGCUUCAAGGACAUUCGUCUUGCGAGUUAUCGAUACUUCCUCGCGGCGAAGAACGGUAUCGACACCAUUGACGGCGCGGAUCUUCCGACGUUACAGACGUUGAUUUUGAUGAUCUCGUAUUUACAGUCGAAUUCGAGGAUGUCGACAUGUUGGUCGUACGUGGGAAUGGGAUUACGUUUGGCUCAGCGUCUUGGUCUGCACAGGAACUUGCCGUACCGGUUCUCCACGAUAGAGAAGGAGGUCCGCAAGCGUGUAUUCUGGACGCUUUACAACUCCGAUAUCUACCUCAGUGCGAUGCUGGGUUUGCCUCGUUGCAUGCACGACGCCGACGUCGACCAAGAAUUCGCUGCGGAUGUAGAUGAUGAGCUCAUCACGGAUCAAGGAAUCGGGACUCAGCCUGCGGGUGUGCAAGCGUUCAUGGCGGCGCCGAUUGCGUAUACGAAGCUGUUGAAGAUCCUGAGUAAGGUCAUGACUGUGAUUUAUCCCGUACAACCUAAGGCGGACACACCAGCGAACUACGUCGCGCAGCACGACGUCGAAGAACUCGAACACGAUCUCGAAGAAUGGGUUGCGAGCCUCCCGAUUGGCAUGAAGCCGGGUGUUGAUGCUACUGGACAGAGAUAUGCUGGUCAUGCACGUUUCUUGGGAGUUGCGUAUGGACAUGUCAGGAUGAUUUUGUACCGCCCGUUCUUGCAUUACCUAAGUCGACCACCAGGAAGUCCUGAUUACGAGGAGCACUCGUUUCAGUAUGCGAAGAACUGCUGUAAGACGGCGUGUUCGAUUAUCAACUUGGUGGAGGACAUGCGGAGCAAGGGUUCGCUGCACGGGGCAUAUUGGUUCGCAUUGUUCACGACGUUCUUCGCAUGCGCGGUUCUCAUCUUCGCUGUUGUGCAAGCGCAGGAAGGGGCUGAGGCCGAGAAGGCACUUGCUGCGCUCGAGACUGGCAAGUCUUGCUUGGUUAUCAUGAGUGAAACGAGUCAGACUGCGAAGAAAUGUAUCAACAUCGUGGAGGACUUGUGUAUCUCCAUGAACAAGUACCUUGCCGCGGCGAAGGAUUUGAAGAAGCGUGGGCAAUUGCCACAGGUUAGGCGUACCGCAUCCCGCAAGCGGAGACACGACCCUCCGGCAGGACAGGGUAUCUCAAGGGCACAUACCUUGCCUGCCAACAUGGAGGCGGGCGCGGCCUUGCCACGUCAACCCCAUAUCCCUCGAUCGCAGACAGCCAUUUCGCACGGUACUGCAACGUCGACGCCGAUUGCAUCAAGAGACCAGUCACCUGUGAGGCAGUUGCAGCAGUAUAGCGAGUCAGCACGCGCGAGUCCAGAGUCGUUCCAGCACCUUAACACUGUGUACGCUCCUGCCAUGCCCGCGCAAGGACAGGCUUUCAGUACAUUCAACAGUCCUGAUACAGCCCUCGCCAAUGCGAACUUCAACGAGCAGUUCGGUGCUUCGGACCCGCCAUCUGACAACCUCUUGCAGAUGCCUGAUCUGAAUGCAAUGAACGCCAUGCUCUUCCCCACGGCCUCCAACUAUCAAUUCAUGCCCCAACAAGCAGCUGUCAACCCCAACCCGAUGAUGGGCGUUGCAUUAGGCGACUUUACUGGCUUCACCGGUUAUACAGGCUACGAGACCCCUAUCUUUAUGGAAGAUGGACAAGGACAGGAUCAUGGACCAACACCAGCAUUUGGAAAUUCAUCGGGAGUGCCGAUGAUGGGAUGGGAUGAGUUUAUGUCAAAUCCGGGUUGGAUGGGUACAUCAUGA